AUGCCUCGUAAUAAAGGAACUUUUUGGGACGAAUUUGAAAAAAUAAUAAAUAAAAAAGGACAAGAACGGAUGAAAUAUAAAACUUGUAAUAAAUCAUGGGUCAAAAAUGAAACACAAAUGCAAGAACAUUACAACUAUUGCAAGUUAAAAAAUUCUGGCAAUAGUAAUACAUCAAGUUCUACAUCAAGUUUUGUACAUAACAAUGACGAUAAUACAAGAACUAUUAAUCAUAAACAACAAACAAAAAUAAGAAAUUUUUUAUACAAGUUUACGAAUGCGGAUCAAAAAGAACUGGAAAGUUUGUUAGCACGUGGGUUUUAUUCUGCUGGUAUUUCAUUUAAUAUUUUAGAAAAUGAUAAUAUAAAAGCUUUUUUUUCAAGGGCAUUACUAUACUUUAAAUUGCCUAUAUGUUAUUCUCUUUCAAACUCUCUUCUUACUAAAGAGUAUUCUGGUUUAAACACU